AUGACCAUCCGCAGAACGUCUGGCUGGUUUGAGCUUCCGCUAACUUCCCCACGGGACGACGAGACGCCUCUAGGUCUCCCCCCAGAAACAACCUCGAGCUGUCCUACGACGACGACGACGACAGCUACGCCGCAGAGGACGCCCGUCAACGCGACCCCGAUCGCUCUCGGGAUCGCUACUGGGACCGUGACACCACAGAGCACCGCGCCAGAGACUACGAUCGCUACUAUCAUGGACCGCCGUCCGAGGCCUACCAGUCACGUCCUGGAUCGAGAGAUCAAGGCGGUCCUGGGCAUGACGAUAUGGAUCGCCGUCAUGAAGACCCUCCGCUACUUCACCCACAUGACGGCCACGACCGCGGACCACGUCGUCACGAUCGAGGUGGCCGGGGCUACCCUCGCUCUUACUACGACAAUGGUCCUCGCCGCCAUGAUGCCCGAUAUGGUUCUGACGAGGAUUUUCGUCAUCUUUCCACCUCUCCAGGUGGCAGCCCAGGUCGUUAUCCUCGUCGCGAUCGUUCUGCAUCGCCUCUUCGACAAGCUGGUGCUCCCACCCGUCUUUCCCGAUAUCCAGCCGUCGACAUUCGCCUUCCUUCUGGACGAGUUCGGCAGCGUCGAAAACGCCAUCGACUUCGUCAAAGAGAACUACCCCAAGCUGGUGCUUGACUUUGCCGGUUUGGUGGAUGGUGACGCCGAUGGAAUGACCUCCAUCUACAUUCAUUACGCCAGGAACCGCGACGACGCCGAGCGGGAUAGUCGCGCCGGCCUAACGCCCAACUGGAACUGUCCCACGUGCGACUUUUCAAAUUACGCAACGAGAAACCGCUGCAAAAACUGCGGUGGUCCGCCUACAGAUCCAUCGCAAUACCGGCAUCUGCUGACGGGCGAAAGCGAUGCCGCUGACACCCCUUCACAGAUUUUGGUCUUCUUUCCGUUGGCACCCUCGGUCAACGAGGAUGUGUUCUCAGCGGGCGCCGCAAAGCUCCAACUAGUGCAGAGGCCGGCGGCCUCGAAGGGCUCCGGCGACCAGCCGAAGCUCAAGUCUACUGCGCCUACCGGUGACGCAUCUGGAUACGGUGCCAGGCCAGGCUCGCUGCAUCGCACCUUCCUGAUGCGAGACCAGGACACGAACGAGUCCUUCAACUUUGGGUUCGCCGAAUUCUGGACCGUGGAGGAUGCUUUGGCAGCGAUGAAAAAGUUCAAGAUGAUGCGCGAAUUCACCAUUGCCUCGGAACCCGUGACGGUCUCCACCAUCCAUCUCGGCGUCUUUGUGCCAGAACUCCGCGAGGUCACUCGUGCCAUUGAGCGCGUCUCUUUCAACCCGUUGUUCAACCCGGCCCUCCGCGUCAAGUACUGGGAGCCGCACGUCUACCCCAGCGAAAGAGUCAUCACCGAGGCCCCUCCCGGCGGCACCGCUACGGACGGAAGCAAGACUGAUGCGAAUGAAGAGUCCAAGAAGAACAAGAAGCGCAAGGCAGAUGGAAACCUGGCCUCCUCAUCAACCAAGAAGUCUGUACCGAUGGCUGGCCAAAUGGCGUUCUGGCAGAGGCGGCAUGACGAAAUCCACGAGGGCAAGCGGGCUGCGGACGCUUCCACCGGGAACGACAACGGCGCCGACCCGCGACGGUCCGAGGAGCGCGCGCCCGUCAAGAUCUCGCUGUCCGGCUCAAACGCGAUUUCAGCCGGCCCGAUCAAAAUUUCGCUGUCGGGAGCGAGCCUGCCAAAGUCCCCGGCACCGACGGCCACGCCACCCAGCGAGGCUGCGCUGGAAUCUGGAGGCCCGACAUCUGUGCCCGCAGCGACGACCGACAGCGGAACCCCAGACCCAACAUCGACGGCGGAGGCAGCGGUGUCGUACGUCGACCGCGAGAAGAUCUGCUGCCUGAUCUGCAUGAUGAAAUACAAGACCUUGGACGACCUCAACACGCAUGAAAAAUCGAGGAACCACAAGAACGCCAUGGCGGACGACGACAAGGUCAAGGCCGCCAAGCCCCGCCUGGCUGCCCGAGACAAGAGGAUGGCGGCGAAGCAGGCGGACGAGCAGCCCAAGGGGGGCGAGGAAUCGGGACCCCAGUACCGAGACCGGGCCAAGGAACGUAGAGAGGUCUUUAAUCAGCCGGCGAAGCCCAAGGUCCCGCCGCAUGGCGGCAAGCCCUCAUCAGCAGCAGCAGCAGCAGCAGCAACAACAACAGCAACAGCCACCAAGAAGAAGACGACAACGGCAGCAGUAGCGGCCGCCCGGCCGCCACCGCCACCGCAGUCCAAGGGUGCCGGGAUGCUGGCCAAGAUGGGCUGGAGUGCGGGCCAGGGCCUCGGCGCCAAUGGCGACGGGCGCACCGAGGUGAUUGCUACGCACGCGUACCAGGAGGGCGUCGGACUCGGCGCCGAGGGCGGCAACCUGGGCGACGCGGCGGAGUUGGCGCAGCGCAAGACGACCAACAGCUACGCCGAGUACGUCAACACGGUGCAGGACAGGGCCAGGGAGCGGUACAACAAGCUGGGCUGA